CGGUUAAAGCAGAUCCGCAUUCUGAUUCCUAGUACUGUGUUAAGUGCACUGCCCCUGACUUUCAGGGUGUAUCGUUUCGAAUUACUGCGACAGAGAUAGACUGUGGUAAGAUUAUAGCAGAAAGCACAGUGCUAUAGGAAACUGAGGAGUGAGUUCCGGAAGGCCUGAGAUCCUGAUCCUCUUAACUGCCAGCUCUUUUAUUUGGGCAAGUAACUAAAUCUCUUUUGUGUCCUUUCUUCAUUUGUCAAUUAUGACAACACUUCAUAAUAGGGUAGUUGGAAGGCUUGAAGAGACAAUCUGUGUGAAGCUCUUAGCAACAGCUUGGCAUUGAGUAAAUGCAUCAGUGUUAUUGUUAAUGAUUAUGAUGAUUGGAAUCUAGCACCUGACAGAUCAGAGAAGCAGCAGAGUUUUGAGGAGUCCUUAAAGGACUUAAGUGUUUGAAUUUUACUUCUCUUACAGCAUCAAGAAGCAAGGUUGUGCCAUUUCUUCACUCAAUGCUUUUCUGUUGGUACUCUCAAGUUAUCUAUUAGGUUUUCAGGAAUGAUAGUGACCUCUUCUUUGGUGAAGGCUCAAGGACAGUGAUUCUCCUUACCAUGAGUAUCGCCCCAGAAGUCAAGAGUCGUGGGAUGAAGUUUGCUGAGGAGCAGCUACUAAAGCAUGGAUGGACUCAAGGCAAAGGCCUGGGCCGGAAGGAGAAUGGAAUCACCCAGGCCCUCAAGGUGACGCUGAAACAGGACACUCAUGGGGUGGGACAUGACCCUGCCAAGGAGUUCACAAACCACUGGUGGAAUGAGCUUUUCAACAAGACUGCUGCCAGCUUGGUAGUGGAAACGAAUCAGGAUGGUGUACAGAUAAGGCACCUUUCUACGGAGACCCCCCGGCACAAUCGUCCCAAGCCCAAUUUGCUGUAUCAGAAGUUUGUGAAGAUGGCCACGCUGACUUCAGGUGGAGAGAAGCCAGACAAAGACUUGGAGAACUGCAGUGAUGAUGACAACCAGGAGUCCAAGCCACCAAAGAUUCUGACAGACGAGAUGCUGCUCCAGGCCUGCGAGGGGCGAACAGCACACAAGGCUGCCCGUCUUGGGAUCACAAUGAAGGCUAAGCUGGCUCGGUUAGAGGCUCAGGAACAGGCCUUCCUGGCUCAUCUCAAAGGCCAGAACCCUGGGACACCUCAACUGCAGUCUGAGAGCAAGCCCCCCAAAAAAAAGAAAAAGAAAAGGAAGGAGAAAGAGGAGGAAGAGCCUACAGCAACUGAAAGGAAUGCAGAAGAGGAAUACCCAGAACACACUGAGCAGGGCAUCAGGAAGAAGAAGAAGAAAAGACGACAUCAAGGAAAGGCCACAGAUGAGAGCGAGGGAGCAGCUGUAGGGAAGGAGGAGGAAGAGGCUAUAGGAAUAGAGGGCCUUGGGGAAUUUAAGAGCCCAGAACAAACCAAGAAGUCCUGUAGGAAAAGGAAGAAGAGGCAACACCAUGGAGAGAAGAUGGAGGUCUCAGACACAGGAAGAGGUGAAGAGGCUGCAGAUGGUGUCAGGGCAGAGGAGGUGGAGAGCACAGCAUCUACAGGCCCACACAGAAGCAGCAAGAAGAGGCGGCAGCAUGCAGAGGAGAGGGACCUGGACACGGAGGAGGACGCUGAGGAGGCUGUUGUAGGUGGUGGGACCAGGAAAGCAGAAGGCAGAGACUGUGGUAAUAGGAAAAACAGAAGCAAGAAGAAAAGACAAUGGCACCAAGAGGAGGUCCGGAACGGAAGGGAUGACGGCGAGUGCGGAAGGACUGGGGGUGCAGAGAGCAGAGCACACAACAGCUUAAGUGGCCAAGGUAAGAAGAGGGAAUGGCGGCAACCAGAGGAGGAAAGAUCUGGAGCCAGCUCAGACCAGAGAACCAAAAAGAAGAAACAAAAGAAGAAAGACUGAAGAUCAGGACAAGGUGGGGUUCCGUUUCUUUUAAGGAGUUGAAGCCUCAGAGAAACGGGUCUGUGCAAGCCCCCAUCCCCUCCAUGAGGCAUCCCUUCAAGGACGGAACCGCUCCAGAACUGCAGUUGGCCAGAGCCUGAACCCUGGUGCCUAGGAGGACAGGAGUGCUGGGGGCACAGGGCUGCAGCUACCCUCCUAAGGGACAUCCCUGCUUUAAAAAAACUGAAAACGUAGACUUAUCUGAAAAGCACUGUGAAAUAUUGUGAAGGCUAGAAAAACAUACAAAUUUAAGUCAUGGGCUGAAUUCCACUUACAGUGGCUAGAUUCUAACACUAUCCUGUGCUUCAAUAAACGUUGGCCUAGGCUGCCGGCCUAUGUGUAAGUCCUGACAUCUUCCCAGCCUGGGGGUCCUGAAUACCAUUUCACUGUGUCCUUGUAUACCUUUCAAGAGGUCACUUCUGGGACCCUCGAGUCUUGCCACAUUGUUAAAACUGGAGAACCUCGUUCAGCAUCCCUGUCUGCCUCCUCCAUGGGUAACAGUUGUGUGCAAAGAACAGCACACCUCACUUAGGAGCCUUUUCCGACAACUGAAAGUCAUUUUCACUGCCCCUAAAAGGCUGUAAUAACCCCUCUUGCCAGUUCUGUUCUCCCGGAGAUGGCCCCAUAUCUCCAGUGUUGUUUUUUUGGCUCUUGCCACACAUUAGUCCUCAUUGCCAGAAGAGCUCCGGGGACUCCACAGUUUGGGGAGAGAGAGGAACUAAGUCUUUAUUGGGAAGAAUGCCCACCCACAGUCCCUCACUGCAGACGGUAGACACACUCUGUGUCAGGGUAGGCUGGCAGGUUCAGCUGGUACUUCUUUUCCAGAGCAGAUGGCACGAAACGACCCCCCAGAUAGUGGUAACGACCGGUAAACUGAGUUGCAGACUUUUUGGGUGCUGUCAGGGAGAUGAGCAGGUCUGGCUGGAUACCUCCAGGGUUCCCCUUCUCCACAUCCCAUCCUGAAAAGAGAGUGGUAUUCAGAGUGGAAAAAGCCAGAUGUCUAGCCCCUUCUACCCCUUUCCUAGGGUAGUGGGAAGCCCCUUGGGUUCCCACUUGAGGAACUUGCAUCCUUGGAGCUCCAUGUACCCUUGUGCUUUGUUCUCUGGGAGCCAACAUGAAGGAGCACUCCUGAACUUUGCUCCCCAGGCUGUGUGGCUCCAGCUAUGGGGAGCCAUAAAACUAUGCUCUGUUCUCUAAAUUGAGCUUGGUUCAGGGUUGGUCUAAGCUUUCAAGAAUCAGGACUCCUAAUGCCUAUCUCAGAACAGGAGAGGGUCAAAAUCCAUCUCCACCCCCCCCCCCCCAUCCUCCUUCGACCCAGCACCUGAGGGAAUGUCGAUGCUGGCGAUAGGCACAGUGAGUCCAUUCAGGACAUUCAGGAUUCCGCGGAAUGGCUCCCGAACAUCACCCUUGAAGCUGAAGCCAAAGAUGGCAUCCACCACUAGGUCAUAGAGUUCAUCGAUCAACAUGGGCUGUGGUGGAGCAGAAAAAAGGGGAGGAUAUCAGAGCCAGCACUGCACAAAGCCCCUAAUGGGAGCACGGUCUUUUACCCACAGCCACUCGCAGAGGCACAAACAUAAUUUUAUCCCAUUUAGAUGGUAUUCUGUGGCCUAGAGCUAAGCACUAGUUCAUCACUGAUUGAGAUCAAACUGAAUCCAGUCACAUUUUCUUUUCUGAGUGCCUGCCAGCUCUUGGGGAGAUUACAGGGUGGGAUAGCCUGAGACUGGGUGUUGGAGGGCCAGGUUAGGGCUCUGCCAUGAUCUGAUCCCCUUCUCUGUCCCCACAGUCUCUUCAUCUAUAAAAUGUAACUCUGGCCUGUGUGGUAUAGUCAGGAGAACACAGAUU